AUGCGAACCUACAAACCAACACGAUAUCAAAGGUCUGAACUCAUGGAGGCUGGUAUUGAUGAGGUGGCUUCGUCUUCGCCUGAUUCACUUGACAAUGCGGAACCCACCCCUUGGGAUCCAGCUGAAGUCAACCUUGCUGCAUUCCGCUUCGGUGGUCCCAGCUCACCCGCAACAGCACGCCGCCAUAGUCACACUCCUAUGCGAGUCUCGGUGACACCCGACAGGGAAAACGGAUCACCACUAGAUUGGUUCAACGUGACUUCCCCGGUUGUCACACCUUCGUCCUGUUCGAGCUCAGACUACUCUUUUCCUUCAGAGGAAGAUGUAAACAAUACGACGAGGAUACCAAUCGUUGGGUCAGAGAAACCUUCUGGACAUGCUAUCAAGACCGAUACCAACAUCGAUUCGUCUGCGAUAGCCUGUCCUUCACAAUCUACGGACAGCUCACCACCCGAAAUACGGGUGACCGCCCACGACGGCGAAAGGCUCAGAAGGUCAAAGAGCUCCAGAUCACUCAGGAAUCUCGUCACGGGAGCAGAGAAAGAUCAGGUUCACGAGCCGCGCCCGAAAACACUAUCUUUGACGUAUCUACAUAAAAAGUCGUUUUUUCGUAAUAUACUUUUGCGAAGCAAGAGUCACAGGAUCAACUCAGCGCCUAAGCCGAGUGAGGAUGGAGUCGAGGAAUUAGAGACGACUUCAUCUUCGCAAAUUCCUCUGAAGGGAUCGGAAUUGAAAGUCCCGUCAUGCAAGGAGAAAGACCAAGCUCAAGGCGUCUUCAGUCAAGACGACUCUUCCUCCGAUCUACGCGCCCCAAUUUACAAACCCUCCAAAGCACGACUGUCGGUUUAUGGACCAGUCUCCAACUUAAUGGGCUCUCUGGCACCCCAUAGAUCGAUGGAUCCUGAUUCCAAGCCUCCAUCGCGCGAGACUUCGGACACGCCCGACAAACCUCUUCGAACCCGUUUCCAUGAGCCGCCACAAACGAAAGUGGCGAAAGAAAUUAAUAACCGCAGGUAUGGCCGAGCUGGUAUUAUGCGUCGCUCCAAAAGCAUGGACUUGAAGGCACCCGUGCAAAUAGAUCAGAACCACCAGUCAUCCCUAGCCUCUAGCCAACCAGCUUCAUUUGAAUCCCAUCCGUCUCAGACCAACACACCUACAAAGGCAAGGUCUAGGCUACGAUUUUGGCGUCGACCAAAGGAUAGUAGUAUCAGUUCUGAAGUUUCAACUGGAACUGGAAGUACAAGGAGUGAGAUGGGACGAAUCUCAGGUCCGAUCUCGAUCCGUCUCAUGACUGAUAACGACGUCACCGCUCUCUUCGGACCUUCUGGCGAGGUUACUCCAUAUCAAAGUCUGCAAAGAUCAGAGAGAGCAUCAGACUCUUCAGGAAAUAAUUCACUUGUUGAUGAAUUGAGAAGUUCUCAAUCACCACUGACGGAGCCAGUGCGGUAUAACACACCUACGCCGAUCAAUCUAUCAGCACGCGACAAUCAAACUAAAGAACAGCAGCAGAGUUUCGCCACUUCGCAAUCUAUGUACCCAGUUGAUCGUAUUGGGAGCAUACCAAGAGCUCGCCGCCGGCCUUCUUCUGUACAACUUGCGAGUUCUUAUUCAACCUUGGCAAAGCCACCUCGGCCCCCCAGAUUACGACCUAUUAUGGCUUCAGGACUCAACUAG